AGGGUUGAUAUGAUGUCUGCCGUAGAGACCGGCGUGUUCCAGCCCGCUCAGCUGCUCAGCUGGGUCUACAUGUCCCUGCAAGAUGCGCCGGGAAGCGCCUUUGACGGCUCUAAAGUGGAAUCGGACGCCCCUCAGGACCUGAACAAGGGCAGCGCAGCUGAUCUCAGCUCCAACUAUCUUAACAACUUCUUCCAUCAGAGCAGAGAGGCCUUCAGCAACCGCUUCUACAAAAGGUCCUCGCCCUAUGGCUCCCUCAGCAACAUCAUGGAUGGCCUGAGCUCUCUGGCGGACCAUUUCUCAGACCUGUCCCUGUCGCCAGAGACACGCAAACCCAGCAAAAGGCCACCGCCCAACUACUUGUGCCAUCUUUGCUUCAACAAAGGACACUACAUCAAAGACUGCCCUCAGGCUCGACCCAAAGGCGAAGGCCUGACCCCGUACCAGGGGAAGAAGAGAUGCUUCGGUGAAUAUAAAUGCCCCAAAUGCAAGAGGAAGUGGAUGAGCGGGAACUCCUGGGCCAACAUGGGACAAGAAUGCAUCAAGUGCCACAUCAACGUUUACCCUCACAAGCAGAGACCUCUGGAGAAACCAGACGGGUUGGACGUGUCGGACCAAAGCAAAGAGCAUCCACAGCACCUGUGUGAAAAAUGCAAAGUUCUUGGCUAUUACUGCCGCCGUGUGCAAUAACACACCCCGCUUACCUGACACAAAUGCCUCCUCGAGGUUUAAUCAAAAAAAAAAAACAAAGAAAAGGGACAGUAAUAUUUUGGUUUCUAAAAACAUGUGAUGAUGAAUGGUUUAUGUACUGUAGGGCAUCCAACAGUAUAUUCUCAUAAAUGUUCCUCGGUGACACUGUGACUCUCGGCAGAAGAGGCUUUUCCCGGCAGGCCGCCUCUUCCUCUCGGCGGAGACGAGUACUUCUGAUUUUGCUGAGUUCGAAUGAGCUAGUCGGUUAUCUUUAUGUGACUAUUCGUUCAAAAUCUGAAAAAUGAACAAAGCAUCUUUCCAACUGUGAAUUAUGACACUUUGGUUGUGUGUGUCUCAUCGCUCUAACAAAGAGGUUCAGACGAAGGUUCUCUUUUAAAUGUUUGUAUAUUUCAGCAAUAACAUGAAAUGUUUAAUCUGUAUAAAAUAGGCAAGUCUUUACCAAGGUAAUGCAGUAUUAAUGUGUAUCUGCAAUAUUAUCUGUAGGUACACUAUUUUUAAACUUUUUUCAGGCCAUACUUUUUUUUUUUUUUUUUAAUAUUAUGCUUAGUUAGGCAACUAACCUUUCGUGUUUCUAUAAUGUGUCACCAUUUGUUGUGAACACACUUGCCAGAUAGUUUAUAAUAAAGUUUUUAAGCAUCGUAGGAAUUUUUUUUCUUCUUUUUUUACCAAUAAAAGAGACUGCAGCAUCUUUGCACAAAGUGCUAAAAAGACUCACCAAAGUGCUCUUAAUGGGUUGUAACAUUGUAUUAUUCACAAGAAGAAACAAUAAAGCAAUCGAGAAAAAUCUGGGAGCACCAGAAGUUUCUGUGGUUCUUCGUUCCAGGGAU